AUGCCCUCCCUUGUUCGCAAGCUGCUCAUCUUCGCCGCCGUCGACGGUCUCAUCCUCCAGCCGUCCCCGCCCCGCAACCAUCCGCCCGCGACGCAGCAGGCCAUCAAGGUCGACUACAAGGGCAAUGUCGGACCGUUGUUGAAAGACAGGCGCGAAGAAGACACGGCGCCAGUGUCUGUGGAAGCGCAUGGCAUUAUCGGACUACUCAAAGUGGCUACUUCGUACUUCCUGAUAUCCAUAUCCGACCGCGAACAGGUGGCACUUGUACGCGGCAAGCCCAUCUACAAAAUCACCGAUGUCGCCCUCAUCCCCCUCUCCUCGCAAGCCGACGCCGACAAGGCCAUCGCAGCCACGCGCGACCAUCUGAAGCGCCGCAACCGGGCGCCCGGCCUGGAAGACGAAGAUAGCGAUAGCGAUAGUGAGGAUGGCGCGCCCAGUGUGACCGACUCGCUUGUGGAGGACUCAUCGUCCACACCCAGCGAGGUCAAGGACUCGGUCACCGGCCAAAAAGGCAGUGCGCAGCGCAAGACAAGUGUGGCUGAAGACGUCAUACAAAGGAAAGGUGUAUAUGGCAGAUUCGCUGACAAGUGGUUCUCGCGCAAGGGUUGGAGUGCUGACAACAGGCGUCUGCAAGGGCUGAGCUCAGAAGAGAACCUGGCGGCAAAGAACGUGCCGCAGAAUGUUGACUCGGGGGUGCCCAAGGAAGAAGAACAACCCAAGAGCGAGUCUAAGCCGGAUGCCAUCCCUACAGAUGACAAGGACAUUUCGGACCCAGUCAGCCCAGAAGCUAUACCCAAGGCUCUGGGCGGCGAGAAGGACGCAGCCACUGUAGCACUCUUACCAAAGAUUCUGCAGACCACCAAAAUGUACUUUUCAUCAGGCAACUUCUUCUUCUCAUACGACUAUGACAUCUCACACGGUAUUGGCCAGCAGCAAGCAAGUUCUAGUGUCGCCCUGUUUAAACAAUUCGAUCCUUUGUUCUUCUGGAAUCAGCACAUCAUCGCACCUUUCAUCAAUGCGGGCCAGCAUGCUUUUGUGCUCCCCGUAAUGCAGGGCUUCGUUGGUCAACGACCUUUCACGAUCAAGACAGCUGAUGGCCAGUCGAACAGUCUUGUAGUCGACCCGAGUGCCACUCCAGAUGACAUCCAGCUCCAGUCCUGGCAUGAAAAGCAGAAAGAGGACUCACAGUCCAAUACGGAAGCCAGUGGCGAAGCAUCUGAUCCCGAUGCCUCUCUUGUGGACGGCAAAGACUUCCUGUUGACACUCAUCUCGCGACGUUCUAUCAAGCGAGCUGGGCUUCGUUACCUGCGAAGGGGCACAGAUGACGAGGGCUGUACCGCGAAUAGCGUCGAGACGGAACAGAUCCUAUCCAACCCGGCUUUUAGCACGACACAGGACAAGAUUUUUUCUUUCACACAAAUUCGAGGCUCAAUUCCCCUGUUCUUCUCUCAAUCGCCCUACAGCCUCAAACCACAAGUCUCUACUUGGGGAUCGUUUGAGACUAAUGCUCGCGCUUUCAAGAAGCAUUUUGCCGAUCUGUCUUCACGCUAUGGCGAAAUAUACUGUGAUUCGCUCAUAGACAAACACGGCACUGAGGCAAAGAUUGGUGAGCUCUAUGAACAGCAUGCGAAGUCGCUCAAUGAGAAUGGCGGGAUGGACGGGAAAGGCAAGCAGCUGGGUUUCGAAUAG